AUGUAUGUUAAGUAUGCUAAGGAGUGUGGGUUUUCAGUCAGGAAAGGGACUACAAAGACAAACUCUAAAGGUAUGUUACAUAUUAAGUAUUUUUUGUGUAUGAGAGCUGGGGUAUAUAAGGACAAGAAGGUUGAUACGUUGGACCCCAAUCAAAAAGAGCGAGUAGUGCGAUCUAACUUUUCCAAGAGGACUGAUUGUGGUGCACUGUUAUGUGUAGAGUAUGAGAAUGGAUUUUGGAAGGUGUAUAAGUUUGUCGAGGAGCACAAUCAUGAACUUGUUGAACGUCCUAAUAAGCAUUUUCUUCCAACUAAACGGCAUCUCACUCAGCUCCAGAAGCAUGUUAUACACAGCAUAUCUAAGCUGAAUUUGGGUCCUGUCAAGGCGUUUAAUGUUAUGAUGACUUGUUUUGGUGGUUUUGAAGUUGUGGGCGCAAGCAAAGUUGAAUUUAAGAACUAUAAGAGGCAAAUAAACUUGUUCAUAGGGGAAUAUGACGCUGAUAUGGUUGUGAAACAUUUGAAUGAAAAAAAACAUUCGCAGCCUAAUUUCUCAUACUCUAUGGUGUUUGUACCGUUCACUGGUAUAGACAAUCAUCACUGCAAUGUUACAUUUGGUGCAGCAUUGUUGGCGUCGGAAACUGCUGAUACGUAUAUUUGGUUGUUAAGAGUUUUUCUUAAAGCUGUAGGUUCUAAGCCAAAACUUGUUGUCACUAACCAAGAUCCAGCGAUGAAGAAGGCUAUUUCUGCUGUAUUUGUUGACACUAGGCAUCGGUUAUGCAUGUGGCAUGUGAUGCAUAAACUUUCUCCGAAGGUUGGUGUUAGGCUAUGCAAUUCCACCAAUUUUAAAGAACGUAUAUGUGGUGUUGUGUGGACGGAUAUUCUCACACCUGAAGAGGAAUCUUGGAUCCCUGCGUACUAUAGAAUGGAGCCUAUGUCUGGUCUUAUGCGAACGACAUCCAGAUCGGAGAGUGAGAAUCAUUUUUUUGGUCAAUUGAAGAGUAGUUACAAAGUGUUGGAAGGGCAAGCUGUAGAUAUAUAUACAAAAAGUAUUUUUUGUGAUGUUCAAGCAGAGCUUAUUGGAGUUGCGGAUUGCGUAAAUCAACGUUACGAAGACAAACAUUCUAUGCAUGGCGUUAUAGAGAUAUUGUUUUUGGCGUUUUUCAGGGAAUUUCCAAAACAAUACAUUCUGGAUAGAUGGCGCAAAGAGGCCUCCCCAAACUGCUCUCCUGAAUUCUCAAUUAGUCGUGAAUAUAUGACUGAGCCUGAUCCUGAUGUGCAAAGUAUGAUGCGAGAUGUUAUUUAUUCAACCAAAUACACUUUGAACCGUUUAUCUGGUAAUAAAGAGGAGCUAUCCUUAUACAAGGAUCAUGUUCAAUCUUAUAUGAAGAAGGUUCAAGAUAUGCAGAUUGUUGCUCCUCCCGCUAGUUCUAGGGACAGAUUUGCCGAGAUAACUGGUCAAUAUAAAAAUGGCAAAAAUCCGAUGAGAGUCCAUGUAGGUUAUAAAUCCAAAGGUUCUGGUACUCGGAAGCGCCUGAAAUCUAAACAGGAGAUAGCAGUUGACAAGAAGAAAUCAAAGUCGAAACCCGGGGCUAAAGAAAGACAGUGUCAGAACUGCAAAGCCUAUGGACACUACGCAUCAACAUGCAAACAGGCCACGAAGUCUCUUCCUCGAGUCAAAGGCAUUGCCCCAGAAAUGGAUUACCAUUUAUCACCCCUGACGUAUGCUAAGGAGUGUGGGUUUUCAGUCAGGAAAGGGACUACAAAGACAAACUCUAAAGAAUAUGAGAAUGGAUUUUGGAAGGUGUAUAAGUUUGUCGAGGAGCACAAUCAUGAACUUGUUGAACGUCCUAAUAAGCAUUUUCUUCCAACUAAACGGCAUCUCACUCAGCUCCAGAAGCAUGUUAUACACAGCAUAUCUAAGCUGAAUUUGGGUCCUGUCAAGGCGUUUAAUGUUAUGAAGACUUGUUUUGGUGGUUUUGAAGUUGUGGGCGCAAGCAAAGUUGAAUUUAAGAACUAUAAGAGGCAAAUAAACAUGUUCAUAGGGGAAUAUGAUGCUGAUAUGGUUGUGAAACAUUUGAAUGAAAAAAAACAUUCGCAGCCUAAUUUCUCAUACUCUAUGGUGUUUGUACCGUUCACUGGUAUAGACAAUCAUCACUGCAAUGUUACAUUUGGUGCAACAUUGUUGGCGUCAAAAACUGCUGAUACGUAUAUUUGGUUGUUAAGAGUUUUUCUUAAAGCUGUUGGUUCUAAGCCAAAAGUUGUUGUCACUGACCAAGAUCCAGCGAUGAAGAAGGCUAUUUCUGCUGUUGGUGUUAGGCUAUGCAAUUCCACCAAUUUUAAAGAACGUAUAUGUGGUGUUGUGUGGACGGAUAUUCUCACACCUGAAGAAUUUGAAUUAGAAUAG